AAGAUAAUGGGGAAAUUUAAGUAAUUAAGAGCUUUUAUUCGAAAAUUCUCUGUUUUUUACUCUUACCUUGAAAGUAAUUCGAAUUAUGGGUGCCUCACAAGCUGAAAAUCUGCGUGAUAAGGUUGGCAAUCCUUUUCCAGCCUUCAUGUGUUUAGGGUGUGUUGUUUUGUUAUUGUUGUUGUUGUUGUUGCUGCCUUGUAUAUUCAAGUUUUGGGCGUGAACCCCAACAUCCGAGUUUUGUUUCCAGCGUUUCAGCAAAAUCCUUUCGUACUUGACAUUCUUGAGAUUUUAUUUCUCUUUAAAAUGACAUGUUCUCGCAAAUAUUUUUUGCUCUUUAUCGCAAGCUUACUAUAUUUUGACAUUUGUAAUGGAUUGGAAUGUUAUGUUUGUGACAAACAGAAGGGAAACGAUGAAAAAUGCAUGAAGACUAUCAAAGUUUGUGAACAUGGUGAUGAUAUGUGCCUUACCGACAUCCGUUGGGGAAGUACACCAUAUUGGGAGCUUGGCGCGCCAAAACAGUAUUAUGUUUCUAAAAGAUGUGCCACUAAACAAGAAUGUGACCGUGAACAUAGAGAGCGGAUGCCAUAUUGUACUUAUGUGUGGUAUCUUGAUUGGAAGUGUUCAGACUGUUGCUCUGGAGAUCGCUGCAACUACUAUGUCAUAUUGAGUGGCAGCAUUGCUAAGGCUAGUGCAAUGGUUUUAUCAGCAAGCCUUGCAGCUGUUUUUGCCGCAAGCAGGUGGAUUCUUGGGUGACCUCUAUAUAGGAUACUCUUAAUUACAAACCAAGAAAUUUUCAGUCUGAGCACUGAGUGUUUUGAUAACCUCAUUCUGUGGUGUAAUUAGUUUAUCUUGCAACACAAUUGAAGACUUUUCCCUCAUGAGAUUGAAAUCCAGAUAUUGUCUUGUUCCCAUAAUAUUUUUUUGUUUAUGAAGUAGUGUUUUAUCUAACUUGAAGAAUUACUUUUGUAUGUGACCUGCCUCUUUCCUUGGUUUUGAACUAUUGGCAUUAUGAGAAGAGAAGUUACUGGUUAAUUUUCUCUAUCCUGGGGAGGUCUUUUGAUCUCAUCGUUUUACUUCUGUGUAUGCAUGAAACCUUUGUUUUAUUGUAUCGAUCUGUCUUUUUCCCACUCUAAUAAUUUAUGUUGUCAACUCGUCCCUGCUGACUUAAUUAUUAGUUUAUGGAGCAAUGUAUGUUCCAUAGCAACAUUCCUGUUUUUUUUUUUUUUACAUCAGUCUAGUUUUUGUGAUGGCAUCUUGUGUGAUCAGUUUAAAAAUGCUGAUAUGGUAUUGCUGGUUGUAGCUCUUACAGAACUGCAUUGUCAAUGGAUGUUUACAAGUUUGUUUCGUUAAAUUUAUCGAUCUGUGUUAAUGAAUGAACCUUAAAGAAUCUACUUUAAAUGUAUGUGUUGUGAUGUACAUUUUGGACUUAUAUUUUGUACUUUUAAUUUUGUAUUUUUACUCGGGGCACAAUAGGGCACAGCUAGUGUCCCGUCCAUUUUAAAAAUAUUGUUAUAGUUUGUAUUGUUACUCGGGGCACAACUCUGCAUAUGCAUAGCUAACAUUCCGUCCAUUUUAGAAAUGUUGUUUUUCAUAGGGUUACCAUUUGUGCCUUGCCUACAUUGCAAUGUAGAAUUUCUAUUUCUAUAAGUUUCAAAUAUACAUUUUUUAUGAUCUGAA